GCCAGGCAGUACUGUAGAAGUACCUAGAAGCAAACUUUCACCAUGGAAGUUUUAGAGGCCUUCUUCGUUGUGAUUGGGGCUGGUGUUGUGCUUUCUUUCAUUCUUAAAACGGUGUCCCUUCUGAAGGUUUUGUUUCCUAAGUUUUGGUAUCCUUUGCCUGAGGAUUUUUUCACCUCAAUGGGACAGUGGGCUGUAGUCACUGGAGGAUCUGAGGGACUCGGCAGAGCAUAUGCCUUUCAGUUAGCCCAACAUGGAAUGAAUGUGGUCAUCAUUAGCCGAAAUAUCAACAAACUGAAGAAAACAGCAGAGGAAAUAGAAAACGCUACUGGCAAAACGGUUAAAGUUUUGGCAGCUGAUUUCAGCAAGGAUAAUAUAUAUGAAGCUAUAGAGAACGCCCUGGAAGACCUGGACAUUGGUGUUUUAGUUAACAAUGUCGGCAUGUUGCCCACAAUGAUUCCCUGUAAGUUUCUUGACACAGACUGUCUGGAGCAGAGAGUCGAUGAGGUGGUAAACUGCAAUACAAAAGCAAUGAUGCAGAUGUGCAGAAUUGUUCUCCCAGGGAUGGAGCAAAGGGGGAAAGGGGUCAUACUCAAUGUCUCAUCUGGAAUAGCGGUUAUACCUUUUCCAACAUACACACUCUAUACAGCAACAAAAGCAUGUGUUGACACAUUCUCCUGUGGUCUUCAAGCUGAAUACAAAGAAAAAGGAAUUAUUAUCCAGGCACUAUCCCCUUUUGGGAUAUCGACCCAAAUGACCAACAACACGAAGCCUAACCAUCUUAUCAUUGCACCUGAAGACUUCGUGAAGAGUUCUCUAGCUUACCUGAGGGCAGGAGACAAGACUUUUGGGAGCAUCGCCUUCACAUUCAUGGGAUGGUUGGUUCAGAUGCUGCCAAUUCAAUACCUCCACUCAGAGAAGAUGCAACAACAACUCAUCCAAUUUGUUAAAGAAAGGACUGGGAUCAAGACUUAGUGAUUUGCAGAUACAAGACAUAAUGUACGCUACAUUUUUCAUGACUUUUUAAAAAGCAUCUCAACAUCAUACUACUAUGAAAUAGAGUUUUUAACUCAUAUAUAGUCAAAUUAAACUGGUACUGGGCAAUAUUGUAAAUGGGUGAUUUGCACAAAGUAAAAACAAUCUAUUUUCAUCAAUAAAUCACCUGUUUCUGACCUUGUCACAUAUUCAGACAGAAUUGCAAACCAAUGGGCAACCAAUAGCAAUAUGGGUAAAAAAAUAUAAACAGAGCGUUGUUUUUUUCCCUUUCUAUACAGUAAAUAUGACUUUUGUGUUGCGUUUCUCUGUAAUAAUUAAUGUAUUUAUCUGAAAUAAGCUACACAUUAAAUGCUGCUCAUCAGACAUCAGAAA